UUUCUCGCUUUGAGGAUUUUACUCUCUCUCCCUACCCGCCCUCACCCGUCUCCCCUGAUCUCCUGGCCAUGGCCUCCCGUCAACCAGCAGGCGCCCGCCCCGGGGCCAAAUUCGCUCAGUUCAAGCUUGUCUUGCUCGGCGAGUCCGCAGUCGGAAAGAGUUCGUUGGUGUUGCGAUUCGUUAAGGACCAAUUCGAUGAUUACCGCGAGUCAACUAUCGGCGCCGCUUUCCUGACGCAAACCAUCUCCCUCGACGAAAGCACCACCGUCAAGUUCGAAAUCUGGGAUACUGCUGGCCAGGAGAGAUAUAAGUCGCUGGCUCCGAUGUACUAUCGAAACGCCAACUGUGCUGUUGUGGUCUAUGACAUCACCCAAGCUGCUUCGUUGGACAAGGCCAAGGCCUGGGUAAAAGAGCUUCAGCGUCAAGCUAAUGAGAACAUCGUGAUUGCGCUGGCAGGUAACAAGCUUGAUCUUGUUACCGAAAGUCCCGAUAAGCGGGCUAUUCCGACUGCAGACGCUGAGGCCUAUGCCCGCGAGGCCGGUCUCCUCUUUUUCGAAACCUCCGCCAAGUCGUCGACGAACGUGCGGGAAUUGUUCACAGCCAUUGCGAAGAAGUUGCCUCUCGACCAAGCUGGUCCCCGGAACCUGCGCGGAGCGGCCCCUCGACCUGGUGUCGACCUGCGGCCCGAGGCCCCUGGCACUCAGGGUGCUGGUGCAUGCAACUGCUAAGCCAUUAUAUUUCUCGAUCUCCUUGAUAUCCAGCUCUUGCGUUCACCUUCUACCGCCCUCCCCCGAUCGUCCAAUCUCAGUACGACCUCGUUUGGCCAGACUGACCUGGACCUCUACUACCAUUUCAUAUCGACACGGGAGGUAGACUCUCGGCUCGCUGUCCAUCUAGUCUAUGUUUCCUGAUCCUUUGACCUCUCGCUCGCCCUUUUCAGGGGUCCGCCGUCGACGGGGGUAUUUUGACCUUUUCCACGGACGCUUCUGGAAUUUGGCUUUAGACACGUUGCGGCAGGUCUCGCCUGCU